AUGAUGGAUCAAUCAUUGACUCUGAUCGACGCCCAGGUCCACUUUGUGGAAGAACGGUUGGUCCUCGUUCACAUUCCCUUGGAGCUUUACGCAUAUUUCUUCAAGUCCGUUCUGCGAUUGAUCUAUGACGAAAUCUCUCCUCUGGAGGAAGACCAAAAGACCCAUGAGGAUGAUGAUGGAGACUUUGAAGAUUUUGAGGAUGAUUCGGAGAAAGGUUCCGAGUACCAUCAGCCAGCCUUUUUGAAUGUCUCUAUUACUCCAGUUGAGGUCUCCGUGAUAUGCCCUCGACGCCUUGUGGACAAAUAUUUCGAGCCCACUCUAAAAGAGCUUGAUCAUCUGGAUAGUCAGCUUCGAUCUCGACUGGUCGUUAGUGAAAAUGACUACAUUGCGAUGCAGGUUCUUGGUCAGGGACUCGAGGCUGGCAAACGUGUACUGGAGUUAACCAGUCCGCUCGCCAUGGCAGGAAUUUCCAUCUUUUUCAUUUCGACUUACUUUUCUGAUUACAUUCUCGUUCCCUUGCACAGCAAGGCGAGUGUGAUAUCUACACUCGAGAACCGAGGAUUUCAAUUCGAAAAUGCCACCGCAGCCUUCAUCAAUAACCCUCUCAGCCCAACAUCACCUCGCUUCGAAAAACACCAUGGCGACCUAAUCCCACCGGUAACCCCACCCCCAUCCACCCUAGCGGAACUACAAACACGAACUUUUGCCAAUCUCCGCAAACGCCAAAUCUCUCCAUAUGUAGACGAUAGUCUUCGUUUGGUACAAUGCGCCGCUCAUCACCAGUACAAUCGCCAAGAAAGCUCCAUGUCCAUCCUGCGUGAUGCACUUACCACAACUCUCCUCAUCGAUGAACCUCGUUUCCUCUCUUUAACUCUUGCAGCCUUGGACCCCGCCGCCUCCCUUUUACUCGAGAAGCGGCUCCUUCCCCGCUUCGCGAGCCCCACAAGCUCACACCAAGGCUACGAGGAUGGUUCGGGACUUCUCCUCGGCUCCAAAGAAGAUUACCUCAUCCCCAUCAUGCUAGAUCUUCGCGAUUUCCCCCUCGAAGCAUCCGGUAUCGUCUGCGGUGUUGCAGGACGCCUCGCUGAAGCGACUUAUGGACAUUCGUCCCGGGCCGCGGGUAGUGGAGACCUGAGUAUUGUGAGUAGCAAUGAGAGCAGCGUGAUCGGAUCUGUUCCCGCGCUUUUUGAUACUUUCGGAACCCGAUUGGCGCUCGGCGGUCUGGAUAAGAAUAAACGACCUCAUGUGCAUCACCAUUCCUUGCCACCGACUACGCAUCAUCUGAAGCCGGAUAUUGAUUCCUCGGCGGAUGCAGUGGAGAUUAGCUUCUUGAGUACUGCGCGAGCUGGUACCAUUAUUGUUGGGGAAGAUGAGCUGCGUAGAGCGAUUGAUGCACUAGAGGCUGAAAAAGCACAUGAUGAGAUUACUGGAGACGAAGAGGUGUUGCUUCAGGGUGAAGUUUCUCCCAAAAUUGAGUGA